GUGGGGCGGGCGCUCCGCCCUUGCUGGGCCUCUGGACCACCAAGCGGGACGGGCAGGUGCGCCUGCGCAUGGAAGAGAGCGGCCUGGCUGCCCAGGAGCCCCUGACCGUCCACCAGCUCCUCCUCCGCGCCGUCGGGCAGUUCGGCGACCUCCCGGCCUUGGCCUUCAAGCGCAACGGACGCUGGGAGACUCUCACCUUCGACGAAUACUACCAGCACUGCCGACUCGCCGCACGAAGCUUCCUCAAGCUGGGCCUGGACCGUUUCCAUGGCGUCUGCAUUUUGGGGUUCAAUUCGGUCGAAUGGUUCAUCUCUGACAUCGCAGCCAUUCUUGCUGGGGGCUUUGCGGUGGGCAUCUACACCACGAACUCCCCGGAGGCGUGCCAGUACGUGGCCGAGAACUGCAGCGCCAACAUCAUCGUGGUCGAGAACGACAAGCAGCUCCAGAAGAUCCUCGAGGUGAAGAGCAAGCUGCCCUUCCUGAAGGCCAUCGUCCAGUACGGAGACCCCCCCAAGGAAAAAAGACCCAACCUCUACUCCUGGUCUGAGUUCCUGUCCCUGGGCAGCGGCAUCUCGGAGGAGGUUCUGGAGGUGGUGAUCUCCUCGCAGGUUCCCAACCAGUGCUGCACCCUCAUCUACACCUCGGGCACCACCGGGGACCCCAAGGGCGUCAUGCUCAGCCACGACAACAUCACGUGGACGGCGCAGGCGGCGGGGGAGUUUGUGGAGCUGACCAGGGGCUCAGCCGAGAAGCAGGAGGUGGUGGUCAGCUACCUGCCACUCAGCCACAUCGCUGCACAAAUGGUUGACAUCUGGCUGCCACUCACCUUCGGCGUCAAGACCGCCUUCGCCCAGCCCGACGCCCUCAAGGGCUCCUUGGUGGAGACGCUUCGGGAGGUGCAGCCGACGGCCUUCCUGGGCGUGCCUCGCGUGUGGGAGAAGAUGCAGGAGCGCAUGAAGGCCGUGGGGGCCAAGAACUCCGCCCUCAAGCGCCGACUCGCCGCCUGGGCCAAGGCCGUCGGACUCGAGGUCAACCUCAAGCGCAUGGAAGGCCACCCGGAGGAGCCUGUGAGUUUCCGCCUGGCGCGGGCGCUGGUCUUUGCGAAGGUGCGCAAGGCGCUGGGCCUGGACCGCUGCACUCGCUGCUACACGGCUGCGGCGCCGAUUGCUCGGGAGACGCUGGAGUACUUCCUCAGUCUCGACAUCCCCGUCUACGAGCUCUUCGGCAUGAGCGAGAGCACCGGGCCACACACCGUCUCCCACGCAGGAUCCUGCCGCAUCACCAGCUGUGGGAAGACGAUGGUGGGCUGCCGGACGCGCCUGCACCGCAAGGGCGAGGACGGAGUGGGCGAGGUGUGUUUCUUUGGGCGGCACGUGUUCAUGGGCUACCUCAACAUGGAGGAGAAGACCAAGGAGACCAUUGACCAGGACGGGUGGCUCCACUCGGGAGACCUCGGCAAGGAAGACCAAGACGGCUUCCUCUACAUCACCGGAAGGAUCAAAGAGCUGAUCAUCACGGCGGGUGGGGAGAACGUGGCUCCGGUGCCGAUUGAGGACGCGGUGAAGGAGGCGGUGCCGAUCCUGAGCAACGCCAUGCUGCUGGGCGACCGGGCCAAGUUCCUCUCCAUGCUGCUCACCAUCAAGUGCACGGUGAACCUGGACUCGGGGGAGCCGGAGGACACGAUGACGCCGGAGGCGGUGGAGUUCUGUCGCCAGCUGGGCAGCCGGGCCACCCGCGUCUCGGAGGUGGUGAUGCUCCGCGACCCACUGGUCUACGCGGCCAUCCAGAAGGGCAUCUCGGCCGUCAACAAGCGGGCCCUCUCCAACGCCCAGAAGGUCCAGAAGUGGACCCUCCUCGAGAAGGACUUCUCCGUGGCCGGAGGAGAACUGGGUCCGACCAUGAAGCUGAAACGCCCGACGGUGAUGCAAAUGUACAAGGAGCAGAUCGACCGCAUGUACCGCGAAUGAUGCACAGACGGAUCCUCCUCCUCCUCGUUUUUCACGACCGUUUUCCUCCUUCCUCUUCCUCCUCCUCCUCCAUCGAGGUUUCAAUAAAAGGCCUGCUCUCUC